GAGUUGAAAAAGUCCGAACACACGAGGAGGUCUCACGGAAUAUACCGCCUCUUGUACACCUCGGUCCUCCACCUAAUUUUGUGAUUUCGACAUGUCUUGGUGGACUGCAUCCAUGGGGAGGACGUGCAGAUGACCUGGGCAAACAGUGGGUGGUGUCAGAGGUCCAACUAGUGCGUUAAAGUGGCUCUGGCCACCGAUUCUUAUGAAGACUUAGAAUAUGAUGUCUUCUCAGAGGCAAAGCUUUGUCAGUGAGAGUGUUACAAACGGCCAGAGAAAAAGGUUUUCGUCAGGUUCCCCGGAUUGUCCUCACUUGCAAAAGAAAAUUUGCCGACAGACAGACAUGAUGGAAAGUCAAAAACUCGCUAAUUUUUCUGUUGCUCCCAAUGGCGUGAGUAAAAACACGGUCCUCGGGAAGAAGCAGGGCACGGAGAAGAAGGUUUUGGCCAUCAAGAAUUUUAAAGUGCACAACCAGCCUGCUGUUGACCAUAUUGCUGAAUCAUGGCGGUUUUUGAGGGAAGCAGUGGUUGCAAUUCAGGAGUCAAGAAAGUUAAGAGACAACCUCACCCAGGAGGAUCUCUAUCGUUAUGUUGACAACCUUAUCACACAACGGCCUCCAGCACUGUUGUAUGCUGACCUUAGAGAUCUGACAGAGAAGCACAUUAAAUCCCGGUUGAAUCAAUUUUUAAGUGGUACUAGUGAUCGCUUGACGUUCUUAAGGCAACUAAAUGACUGCUGGACUCACCACUGUCACCAGAUGAAGAUGGUUUGUAACAUCUUCCUGGCUCUUGACAGAGGUUAUGUACUACAGAAUGCUCAGGUUUCUUCCAUAUGGGACAUGGGAUUGGAAUUGUUCAGGCAACAUAUUUUAGAGGAAGUAGUUGUAGAAAAUCGAUGUGUCGAUGGUUUACUAAUGAUGAUAGAAAAAGAGCGGUCUGGAGAGACUAUUGACAGAUCCCUCGUCAAAUCCCUUCUUAGAAUGCUCUCUUCACUACAAGUGUAUCAUAAAGUUUUUGAAAACAAGUUUUUGGUGGCAACAGAACAACUUUACCUCCGUGAGGGUCAACGACUCACACAAGACCGUGAUGUCCCUCAGUAUCUUCUACAUGUUGACAAGAGACUCACUGAGGAGAAUAACAGAGUCCUUCAUUACUUAGAUAUGUCUACUAAGCGGCAGUUGAUAUACUGCGUGGAGAAACAGCUCCUGAGUGAACACAAAACCAUUCUGCUACAGAAGGGGUUAGACUCACUCUUAGUUCAGAACCGCCGUCACGACCUCUCCCUCCUAUAUAAUCUUUUUGCUCGCAUUAAGGGAGGAUUGGAGGACCUUUGUACCCACUUUAAUGCAUAUAUUAAGUCAUAUGGGAAAACAAUUGUAAUCAACCCUGAAAAAGAUAAGGGAAUGGUACAAGAGCUGUUGGACUUUAAGGACAAGAUGGAUGGUAUCGUCUCAGAAUGUUUCAACUCUUCUGAUAAGUUUGUCUUAGCUCUUAAGGAAGCAUUUGAGCAUUUUAUAAAUCAGAGACUCAACAAACCAGCUGAGUUAAUAGCCAAGUUUGUUGAUGGUAAGCUACGUGCAGGUAACAAAGAAGCAACUGAAGAUGAACUUGAGCGACUCCUAGAUAAGAUUAUGGUUCUUUUUAGAUUUAUUCAUGGGAAAGAUGUAUUUGAAGCUUUUUAUAAGAAAGAUCUUGCUAAGCGAUUGUUAGUGGGCAAAUCUGCCAGUGUAGAUGCAGAAAAGAGUAUGCUGAGUAAACUAAAACAAGAAUGUGGUCCUGGCUUUACUAGCAAAUUAGAAGGCAUGUUUAAAGACAUGGAAUUGUCCAAAGAUAUAAUGUUGGCCUUCAAGCAGAAUUCACAGCUGGGCAGCACACCAAUGGAGCUCAAUGUAAACAUCUUGACAAUGGGUUACUGGCCAAACUACCCAGUAAUGGAAGUCAACAUGCCACCAGAGAUGGUCAAUUACCAACAGAUCUUCACAAAAUUUUACCUAGCUAAACACAGUAAUAGAAAACUGCAGUGGCAGCCAACACUAGGUCACUGUGUUCUUAAGGCAGCAUUUGCUCCAGGGGCAAAGGAGCUCCAGGUAUCACUUUUUCAGGCUCUUGUCCUACUGCUGUUUAAUAAAGCAGACACACUCGCUUUAGCAGAUAUAACGUCUGGAACAAAUAUUGAGGAUGGAGAGCUUCGCCGUACUCUGCAGUCCUUGGCCUGUGGUAAAGCAAGAGUUCUACAGAAGAUGCCACGUAGUAAGGAUGUUAACGAUGAGGAUAAGUUUACCUACAACAAAGACUUUACCAACCAGCUGUUCCGCAUCAGAAUCAAUCAGAUCCAGAUGAAGGAAACGAGUGAAGAGCAGCAACAGACAGAGGAGCGAGUUUUCCAGGAUCGCCAGUACCAGAUUGAUGCAGCCAUUGUUCGUAUCAUGAAGAUGAGGAAAGUUCUGCCUCACAAUCUUCUCAUUACUGAACUUUACAACCAACUGAAAUUCCCUGUUAAGCCUGCUGACCUGAAAAAGAGGAUAGAGUCUCUCAUUGACCGUGACUACAUGGAACGAGACAAGGACAACCCUAAUACCUACAACUAUGUGGCAUAAUUACCACUACAAUGCUUACUCCUGGUAUCCUUGUGAUAUUUCUAUUACACUAUAACUUUAAUUUUUGCCUCUGACAUUCUAAUUGUCGGUGAUAGGAGUUGGGAGCCAUGGAUUGUGAUAUUUACUGUGCAUCACAGAAUGUGACACUUUGUAGACUGUUUAGCUGACAUGUUCCCAAUUGCCAUGAGACUGUUAAAAUCAAUUGCAGCACUUCUUUGCCAUAGAAAAAACUCACUCUCGACAAUGUUGCAAUAUUACUGAAUGGGAGGCCUUUACCCGUCUGCAAAACGUGGUCUUUGAAGCUUCCCACUGCCCCCCAGUGUACAAGUUAGCACAUAUGGUGAAAAGUGAUUGGCCCUUUUUGAGUUAUUUACUGAAGGAACAACAUCAUUAAGUUUGAACUUUUAAGUGAUAAACCCAGUUUUAUGUUUUCUUGAAGGGAAAACACCAUGAAAAAUAAAUUUUUCUUUGGUAUUAUUGGAACAGGACUGCAUUACAUGAUUACAUUAUUAUGUUUCAGUUUCUUAUUACAGAGUAAUUAAGGAUGAAUUCCUUGUAUUUGCUCAUAUUUCUAUGCUCAUUUUGGCCCUAUCCAUAUAGGUUAUCUAAACUUUGAAAUAUGGACUCUGAUGACAGUUCUCUGAAAGUCAAAUAAAAUAUACAAGUACAAUUAAUGCAACAGGAUACAUAAGCAUAAAGCUCCACAACUAUAUAUAAAUCUUUAUAAUGUCAGUGAUGCAGGUAUAUAAAUGCUUAAUCACUGGAUAUAAUUUUUUGAGUUGUAGCAUCUACAUGAAUAAAAUAUUGUACAUGAAAUGUAUGCAGAGGAAGUUAAAUCAGGUAUUAUCUCUUGACCUUCAUAAAUUACUUGUGUGUGCUUAACCAUGGCUGCAUUAUGGUAAUGUAGAUUAUUACAACUUUUUCUAGAUUUCUGUUAUGGCAAAAUAGCUAUUAGACCAUCUUAUACAUUGUUUAAAGUCAGGGUCCAGGUUCUCGGAGUUCAUACAAUGAUAUAUUUCUCAUAAGUGAACAUGUAAGAAUGCACUUAACUGGUUGACAUAAGUUGAAAUACAGAAAUACCCUUUCAACAAAAAUGGCAUUAAAAUUAGUACUUACCUUAACUGGAUACAGUCACUUAGCACCUGUCAAUAGACAAAACUCAUCUGCAGUAGCAUUUCGGUGAUUCUUCGCAUUAAUUUCGCUCCCUGACCACGGCUAAAUGAACAUUUUAAUGCUAUUUGUAGACAGUAUUUUUGUGCCUUAGGUUAGGUGCAUUCUUACACUUUUAUUUAUGAGGAAUAAUCAUCUUACAAACCUCGUGAGAAUCUGGAACUAAGCUUGGCUGCUUCAUCAGAUGUCAGAAAGACCUUAAAACUGAGUCUUAUAUAUCAUGUUGGGACUUCUUGCUAGAAAGAGGGGCAAUAACCUGUUGUGUUUUUGUAGCCCCUGAGUGCUGUGGCCUGGCAGCAUUUCAUCAUAACUCUCCACCCACUCGUACUGCAUUGAAACAACCUUGUGGUGGUUGUGAACCAUCAUUCUCAUCUUGCACCGAUCCAUGGAGUCAUUGACAAUGCUUUAGCCAUCAUUAACCCACUUCCCCCAAUAACAUAAAAGUUUCUUUUCAUUUCCUCUUUGGAUGUCUGGACAGAGGGACUUGUUAAGACUGUUGAACAUGAGUUAUGGUUACAAGUUUAUUUGGGGACCUUAUUAAAUUUAGCCCAUGUGGUGUGCCAUUUGUGUAUUGCAUCCAGAUAGUGCUUUGUGAAUAAUCAGAAAAAAAUGUGUGGUAAUUCGUUUAUUUAUUUAUUUAUUUAUUUUUCAAUUUAGUGAUAAACAUAAUCGCAGUGAAACAUCUGAGUUACUUGGAAUGAAAUAAGGAGUUAUAGAAGUAAAUUAGUGUAUCUCUUCAUUGUGUGUCUUAUGUAUGAUGAUAGCCUGGUUAUUGAAUUGGCUCUCAGCAGCUUUAUGCACUUGUACAAAUUUAAGAUACAGUAGUUUUAGUACCGGUAAUUUAUGUAUCAGCCACAAUCAGUCAGCUACCUAAACAUUUGUGACAUUUCAAAAAGAACUUUGACUUUUUUAUCUUUUAUCUGAUGUUAAGCAGUGGUAAUGAGUAAUUUUAUUACUGCACCUUAAAGGUAAAUUAUAACACUAAAAAUUAAUACAUUUCUAGGUGAGGAGGCUUUGUAACUACAGUAGUAUGUAUGAUAUAUCAAAGAGUGCCUGCAGUACAG